AUGGAAGCUUACCAAUUUACGUGGUUCAAGAGUUUGGGUACAGAUAGAGCGGUCGAGGUGAAGUUGGAUCGAGCCCUCUCAACAGAAGCUUGGUGUCAAAUUUUUCCUAAUGCAAGACUAGAGUGUCUGACUGCAACAUCGUCUGAUCACUACCCCCUUUGGUUAUCAUGUGAUCCUUCAAAUUCUUUCUCCAUUUCGAAUAAACAUUUCAAAUUCGAAAAUGCUUGGUUAGUUGAGCCUGAGUUUGAGAGAUUUGUGCGGCAGUGCUGGCAACUGUCUUCAACACAAGGUAUUGUCAAUAAACUUGAACUGUGUGCAUCUGAUAUGAUUAGCUGGAGUAAAAAACAUUUCCAAAACCUGCGAAAGGACAUUGAUAAAUAUCAUAAAAAGCUGGAGCAGGUUCGGGACCAUGUUGAUAAUUCAAAUCUUAAUUAUUAUAAUGCCUUGAAGAGGAGAUUAUCUUCCCUCCUUAGACAAGAUGAUGUUUUUUGGAAGCAACGUGCCAAAACAUUUUGGUAUAAGAACGGUGAUUUAAAUACGAAGUUUUUUCAUGCUGCUGCUACUGCAAGGAAGAAAGUGAACAGGAUUACUCGUUUAUAUGAUGCUAAUGGGAUAGAGUGUCGUUCCCAAGAGGAAACAGAAUAG